UACCCUUACUGGAGAUCGCGCGGGAAGAAGUUUAUUUCCUCGCCCCCUUUUCUUUUUCUGCCGUCUCACUCCAUCCAUUCCACUUUCUCUGCAAAUUUUUCACACACAACAACAAUGGGUAUUAAGGGUUUAACAAAGCUUUUAGCCGAUAAUGCCCCAUCAUCCAUGAAGGAGAACAAAUUCGAAAGCUACUUUGGCCGCAAGAUUGCUGUUGAUGCUAGCAUGAGCAUUUACCAGUUUCUUAUUGUUGUGGGAAGAAGUGGAGCUGAAAUGCUCACUAAUGAAGCUGGCGAAGUUACUAGUCAUUUGCAAGGAAUGUUUUCGCGGACUAUCAGACUUCUAGAAGCCGGGAUGAAGCCAGUAUAUGUUUUUGAUGGGAAGCCACCGGAUAUGAAGAAUCAAGAGCUGAAAAAACGUCUAUCAAGGAGAGCUGAGGCGGAAGAGGGUUUGUCGGUAGCAAUAGAGGCUGACAAUAAGGAAGAUAUUGAAAAAUUCAGUAAACGGACAGUGAAGGUGACAAAACAACAUAAUGAAGACUGCAAAAAACUUUUAAGACUCAUGGGAGUGCCCGUUGUGGAGGCACCCUCAGAAGCAGAGGCUCAGUGUGCUGCUCUUUGUAAAGCAGGAAAGGUGUAUGCUGUGGCUUCUGAAGAUAUGGAUUCCUUAACGUUUGGAGCUCCUAAAUUUCUUCGCCAUCUAAUGGAUCCUAGCUCAAAGAAGGUUCCAGUAAUGGAAUUUGACAUUGCAAAGAUUUUGGCGGAGCUAGAUCUGACCAUGGACCAAUUUAUUGACUUGUGCAUUCUUUCUGGAUGUGAUUACUGUGACAACAUUCGAGGUAUUGGGGGCCUAACAGCUUUGAAGCUCAUACGUCAACACGGCUCUAUUGAAAACAUACUGGAAAACCUAAACAAAGAGAGGUACCAGAUAGCAGACGAUUGGCCAUAUCAGGAGGCUCGACGACUUUUUAAAGAACCACUGGUCUCAACUGAUGAUGAAGAACUUAAUCUUAAGUGGUCUCCUCCAGAUGAAGAAGGGUUAAUAACAUUUCUAGUAAAUGAGAAUGGGUUCAGCAGUGACAGGGUGACAAGGGCAAUAGAAAAAAUUAAAGCGGCAAAGAACAAGUCAUCACAAGGCCGAUUGGAAUCAUUUUUUAAGCCAACUGCAAAUCCAUCUGUACCUAUCAAACGGAAGGAAACACCAGUGAAUGAUGCCAAAGGGGCUAACAAGAAAACUAAGGCUAGUGAUGCUAAAGGGGAUAACAAGAAAACUAAGGCCGGUGGCGGUAGGAAGAAAAAAUAGUUGGUUUUGUAACUUAAACUGGCAGAGUUAUUUACAUGUUUAUCAGUUGGAAUGAAGGAGGAUAUAAUCGUAUUAGUGAUGCGAGUUCUUCCAAGUUGUAAAAUAUUUAUGCGAAAUCAAUUUGGGGAAAUUGACUAACUUUAGUUAGAGAAUUCUAGUAUUUAAUAGUUUGAAAUACAAUGCUUCAUUCGGUAGAGAUUUCUCAGUUCUCCCCUUUUUGGGUUAAUUUGACUUGCAUUUUUUUUCCUAAUGCACUGCUUCACUAUUUCACUA